AUGUGCAACCACUGCCCGAGAUGUCCUGACCGUAGUCAGUAUUCACUGGCAUCGAAUCUCUCGUUGCCUUCGCCUGUACCUUUCGACGCCGAUUCGGAUAUCGUAAAUGACAUUAAUGGGCCUGAGAGUCCGGAAACCUACCAAGUCUUCUACAGGCUGGUGUUUGGAACACAAUCCGAGAAGAAGAAGUUGCUGGAUAUCAUUGCCACUGUUAUGGAGUAUCAUCUCACCUAUUCGACACAGGUCGUAAUCUCCUUCUUCGUCUAUGCCACCCUUACUUUUCUCCUCGCAUUCUACACGUAUCUUUUCACGGACAGCGUCGUGCCCAGCGACUUGUAA